UUGUGUCUUUCAUUCAUAAAUGUUAGUAAUUCGUCUCUCCCUCUCUCUCUCAGUGCUUCCUGCUCCUGGCUGGCUCACGGCCGUCCAUCCUUCUCUCUAGCCCAAGCCGGAGCUCAGCGGUGUACAAAGGACAGGAGGAAGCCGCGAAUUCGUUUCCAGAUCAAACUCCCCGUCCAUAAACUCGCACUGUGACCGUGGACAUCGAGCUCGGCACCAGACCCACCGUCCUGGAGGGUCUGAGGCUCAUUCAUGAAACUGGGAGCUCUCUGAGUUUUCAUAAAAGUUUUUUUGGUUGUUGGCAGCUAUGGGUACUUCCCCACGGAUGUUCUUGAUCCUGGGAUGUUUUCUUUCAGGACCAUUCUUAACAUUUUGCCAGCUUCCUCUGCCGACUAUUGUUCCCAAUAGGAAUGAAAUGGUGGUACAGCUGAAUUCCAAUUUCACACUCAAAUGCUCUGGGGACAGUGAAGUGAGCUGGCAGUACCCAGUGACCGAGGGAAGUCACAGGAUAGACAUUAGACAUGAAGAAAACAACAGUGGCUUCUUCGUGACAGUGCUUGAAGUAGUAAAUGCCUCAGCUGCUCAUACAGGCUUGUAUGUUUGCUAUUAUAACCACACACAAGUGGAGGAUGGGGAAGUGGAUGGGAAGGACAUCUACAUCUAUGUGCCUGACCCAGACAUGCCUUUUGUUCCUUCUAUACCAGAAGACCAGUUCAUCCUAGUAGAAGAAGGUGAUCCCACAGUUAUCCCUUGUCGGACAAGUGACCCAGAUGCUCAAGUGACUUUAACUGACAGCUUAGACAAGGCUGUGUAUGCUUUAUAUGACACCAAACAAGGCUUCAUAGGGAAUUUUCCUGCGGGCUCAUACACAUGCAAAACAGUGGCUAAAGGCGUGGAGUUCAAGUCUGAUGAGUUUCUCGUCUAUAUUAUAAGAGCUACUUCACAGCUUCCAGUUGAAAUUGAAGCUCUUAAAACUGUCUACAAAACAGGCGAGACCAUCGUAGUAACUUGUGUGGUCUUUGACAAUGAGGUGGUUAAUUUACAGUGGAAUUAUCCCGGGAAAGUGAAAGAAAAAGGUCUGAUAAAACUUGAUGAUAUCAAAGUCCCAUCGCAGAAGCUGGUUUACACCCUGACCAUUCCUGAGGCAUCAGUGAAAGACACAGGGGAUUAUGAAUGUACUGCUCGGCAUGCAACCAAGGAGGUUAAGGAAAAUAAGAAAGUAGUCAUUACAGUUCAUGACAAAGGCUUUGUUCACCUGGAGCCUCAGUUUAGCCCUCUGGAAGCUGUCAACCUGCACGAAGUCAAAAACUUUGUUGUUGAUGUGCAGGCUUACCCAGCACCAAAAAUGUACUGGUUGAAGGAUAAUGUGACUCUGAUUGAAAAUCUUACUGAGAUUGUUACUAGUUCUAACAGAGUCCAGGAAACAAGGUUUCAGAGUGUAUUAAAAUUGAUAAGGGCCAAGGAAGAAGAUAGUGGAUACUAUACUUUGGUUGCUGAAAAUGAAGACGAGAUUAAAAGAUACACCUUCUCCUUGCUAAUACAAGUUCCAGCUCUGAUCUCAGCCCUUGUGGAUGAUCACCAUGGCACUACAGGUGGGCAGACAGUGAGAUGCUUGGCAGAGGGGACCCCACUUCCUGAUGUGGAAUGGCUGGUUUGCAAGGACAUUAAAAAGUGCAGCAAUGACACCUCAUGGACCCUUUUGACUAACAAUAUCUCUGAUAUACACAUGGAAGCCCACCUGGAUGAGAAAAAUGUGGUGGAAAGCCAGGUGACCUUCCAGAAGGUAGAGGAAACCCUGGCUGUGCGAUGUGUGGCAAGGAAUGACCUUGGUGCCGUUACUCGAGAACUGAAGCUUGUGGCUCCUACCUUACGAUCAGAGCUAACGGUGGCUGCUGCAGUCCUAGUGCUGUUAGUGAUUGUGAUAAUUUCACUGAUUGUCCUAGUCAUCAUAUGGAAACAGAAGCCAAGGUACGAGAUUAGAUGGAGAGUCAUUGAAUCUAUCAGCCCUGAUGGCCACGAAUACAUUUAUGUGGACCCAAUGCAACUGCCCUAUGACUCCAGAUGGGAGUUUCCUCGAGAUGGGUUAGUGCUUGGUCGAAUCCUUGGUUCUGGUGCAUUUGGAAAAGUAGUUGAAGGGACUGCAUAUGGAUUGAGUCGUUCGCAACCAGUGAUGAAAGUAGCUGUGAAAAUGCUGAAACCUACAGCUAGAUCCAGUGAAAAACAGGCACUCAUGUCUGAACUGAAGAUAAUGACACAUCUUGGCCCCCACCUGAAUAUUGUGAAUCUGCUUGGAGCUUGUACAAAAUCAGGUCCUAUUUACAUAAUUACUGAAUACUGCUUUUAUGGUGAUUUGGUGAACUACCUGCAUAAGAACAGGGACAAUUUCCUGAACCGACACCCAGAGAAGCCAAAGAAAGAUCUGGAUAUCUUUGGGAUGAACCCAGCUGAUGAAAGCACAAGAAGUUAUGUGAUAUUAUCAUUUGAAAACACUGGAGAAUACAUGGACAUGAAACAAGCUGAUACCACUCAGUAUGUGCCUAUGCUGGAAAGAAAGGAGGGAUCUAAAUACUCUGAUAUUCAGAGAUCUGUGUAUGAUAGACCUGCUUCAUAUAAGAAAAAAUCCAUGUCAGAAUCAGAAGUCAAAAACCUUCUUUCGGAUGAUGGCUCAGAGGGACUCAGCCUACUGGAUUUGCUGAGCUUCACCUACCAAGUUGCACGAGGAAUGGAAUUCUUGGCUUCUAAAAAUUGUGUGCACCGUGACUUGGCAGCUCGUAAUGUCCUCCUGGCUCAAGGAAAAAUUGUGAAGAUCUGUGACUUUGGGCUGGCUAGAGACAUCAUGCAUGAUUCCAAUUAUGUCUCCAAGGGCAGCACUUUCCUCCCAGUAAAAUGGAUGGCACCUGAAAGCAUUUUUGACAACCUAUACACAACAUUAAGUGAUGUCUGGUCUUAUGGCAUUCUGCUGUGGGAAAUAUUUUCUCUUGGUGGCACACCAUAUCCUGGCAUGAUGGUCGAUUCUACUUUCUACAAUAAGAUCAAGAGUGGAUACCGAAUGGCCAAACCUGACCAUGCUACCAAUGAAGUGUAUGAGAUCAUGGUGAAGUGCUGGAACAGUGAACCAGAGAAAAGACCUUCUUUCUACCAUUUGAGUGAAAUUGUGGAGAACUUGUUGCCUGGAGAGUACAAAAAGAGCUACGAGAAGAUUCACUUGGACUUCCUGAAAAGUGAUCACCCAGCUGUCACACGCAUGAGAGGGGACUGUGACAAUGCUUACAUUGGUGUCACCUACAAGAAUGAAGACAAGCUAAAGGACAGGGAGAGUGGUUUUGAUGAGCAGAGGCUGAGUGCUGACAGUGGAUACAUCAUCCCCCUGCCUGACAUUGACCCUGUUUCUGAAGAUGAGCUUGGCAAAAGAAACAGACACAGUUCACAGACAUCUGAAGAAAGUGCCAUUGAAACCGGUUCCAGUAGCUCUACUUUCAUCAAGAGAGAGGAUGAGACCAUUGAGGACAUUGACAUGAUGGAUGACAUUGGAAUUGACUCCUCAGACCUGGUGGAGGACAGUUUCCUGUAACCCCAUGGACGUCUUCCAGCUGUGCAUAGGGGGAAGCUUGCCUUGUCAUCUAUAGACUUCUGCUCCACAGAGAAAACCACUUUAUUGAAACAUCAAGGAUGUAAAGAGGAGGUGGAUUUGUACAGAGGAACUCCCAGUAAUGAGCAGAGGAAUCAGCCUGAGUAUGAAUGAAAGAGACAUGUUGAAGAUGGAUUUUUUUAGUGUUGCUUCUUGCAGUACUUCAGUGGCAUCUCAGUUUUGUUUGCCAUUCGAACUGGUAGGGGGACGAAGGGAAAGGCCACCAACAGACCAGUUUUGUGUUUCAAGGGCAUUCAUAUGACUUUGAUGGAUCAAAUUUCCACUGCAGCAAUAUUUCACCAUUGUAAUUAUGUAAAUAACUGUCUACUCAAGGACCUUUUGGGGUGCACAUUGAACAUAUGUCAUGGAUUUUAGAAGAGAUCACUCGUGAAUUUUGUGUACUUCCUCUCUCAAUUUCAAUGUCAGCUGCUGUUGAACUACCAUGUGAAUUAAAGAACAUGCGAAAACCACUUUUGGACCAAAAAGGUCUAAAACCAUGAGGGACUGACUGGUACUACAAAACAUGUUACUUUUAACCGUUAAUGCAAGUAAAGGGGAAUAACAAUCAUAAUAAUAAUAAUGAUAAUAAUAAUAAUUAAAAGUCAGUCUAUAAUAGGUGUUAGAAACCUAGUAAGUCUUUAUUAACUCUAGAAGGUAGCUGUUUUCAAGAUAAUACUACUACUGUUUUCAGUAACACUAAAUGUAUAUUUUACUAUUCAUUGUCCUUCAGUAAAAGCACAGUUUCAAAAAGCUUUUUGAAGUGCAGGGGAGAAAAUUAUCACCUGAAAAUUAUUAUGAGACAAUUUCUUUUUUUUAAUCUAUACAGUAUGGUAAUUGUUCUGAUUAGCUAAAACUACUUUAACAUGGAGAAAAAAGUUAAGAUUUUGUUUUCUUUCAUAAGCUGAGUAGCUUUUCUAAUCACAUGUACUAGAAGCAUUUAAUUGUCCUCUGAUCGAAGUUCUAAAAAUUUAAAUUGAAAAAAAAUUAUAUCAGCUUUUCAAGAUUCUGGAGAAUAGAAGAUUGUGAUAAACCACCAGCAAUAUCCCAUUAUUAAUGUUUCAUGGGUACUCAAAAGAAAUCUUAUCCCAGGGUUAGCUGUGAAGAAUUUAUUUGAUAUUUGAACUAAGAUAUCUCUCCCAGCCUGGAACUCGAGUUAAAUAAGCAGAAAUAAUUCUGCAGCAAAUAUUCUUUUCUUAGUUUUCGGGUUUAAACAGGAACAGAAAGCUCUCUUAUUUUUGCAGACUGUAACUACAAAAGGUAAUUACUUCCAAGAGUGUAUUUUGGAGGAACGUGUAUGAAAACAAGCCUGUUCUCGGCCUGCAAUUGUUGUUUUUUUGACACCACUUAUAUGAACAAAGUAUUAUGAUUACUGCUAUCACUGUACAAUGUGUUAUUGAGUUAUGAUGCCUUGGAAGACUUACAUGUGAAAAAAGGUACUUCACUGCAAAAGGCCCCAACCUUUCAAACUUUGCCUUAAUUCAGUGUGAGGAGCACCUCCUAGGGUGUGCCCAGCCUCUGUCACGACAUAACCAAUGCAAAUGUGGUGUAAACUCAUUCCUGUCUUGCAGUAUUUUCCUAGGAAGUGUGAAAGACGGACCAGCAGCGACUGACAGAACAUGCUGCAUGUUAAACUACAGUUUAACUUCGAAUGGCCCUGUGAAAAGCUCCACAAGUUCCCUUGGUUUCACUUGUUGUGGACAGUUGUGGGUUAAAUGAAAGCAAAUGUAAUAUUGCCAAUGUUACAGGGUGGAAUGCCACACGAGCAAAUAAUUCUGAGUAUGGGUUUCAAACUGUCACCAGGCUGAGGCCAUGUACAAACUACAGCAGAUGUGAAAACAGGACCUGAAGCAAGCCCCUACAUUUUCAGUCCUGAUGGAAACUGACAAUCAGAAAGAACUGUGAAUGAUGGUGCAUUCUCUAUUUCUUGUAUUCAACAGAUCAGGACCAAGUGUCUUCCUGGGAGCCAUGCUUUAGGCAAACAUGUCACUGAGCUCUGUAUGGAGACAACUGUGAAACACAAGACUCUUGAUAUAGCCAGGACUGGUGAGAUGAUAUAAGGUCUCCCUCCAGUUACGAACUACAAAUUGAGGAAACACAAAUUGUCUGUGGACAUCCCAGAUAUCUGAAUGGCCAAUUGAGACCACAUGUGCCUUAAUUUGCAUGUGUAGUCGUUAUAUCUGCACAUUCAAAUUAGGCAAGCAAUUUCACCUGCAUUUUUGCACAUGGCCUAGUGUUCUUCGGGGUUUGAAAAUCAGCCCUAGCACAUUUUAUUAUAUCAAUUACUGGAAUCUAAGGACAUUUUCACGCAGUCUUGCCUUUUCCCCACCAGUUUCAUUCUGUAUCUCACAGCGCAUCUCAGGCUAGACUCAGAUAGUGGAUGUGAACCAGAGCUGGCUCACUUUCUGGUCCAUGGUAAUGUUAGUUCUCCAUCUUGUCAUGGGUAUUGUGAAGAUGAACUGCAUCUGUGGCAGGGGUCUAGUCAAAGCCAGCUCACUGCAGGCUUGGAAUCAGAUGAGCUGGCCUGGAAACUGGAAUGAGAAGCAGAGGAAGAGAAGGAAUUUACUAGAGAGAAAGAAGUGUGAGAGGAUGAAUUGUUUGAUUUUACAAUAUUAUGAGUAUUAUAGACAUUUUUUUUUAUGGCUUAAUUUUUGAGAAGCCUCUGGAGAGAUAUUCCCAAAACUUCUUCUACGGUAAUUGUAUAACGACAAUCAGUGUUAGCCUAUGAAAUGCAGCUUUUCAUUUGGAAUGGCCAACCAAUUCCUUUAUUGCGUGGUCUGAAACUUGUACAAAAUGGUCCUAUUACAUGAUGAAGGACGUGAGAUAUGGUGAUGUUAUACAUCAAUAUGUAUAUAAGUAUUUUUAUAUAGACUUCUAGAAUACUGCCAAAACAUUUAUGACAGCUAUAUCACUGCCUUUGUUUAUAUUUUUUUUACUGUGAUAUAUUCCACAGGCACGUUAACUGUUGCACUUUGAAUGUCCAAAAGUUAUAUUUUAGAAUAAUAAAAAAGGAAGUGUUUCCAAAAUGAUGGCUGUUGUGAAAUGUUUGAAGAAGGUAAACUGGCCUGAGUGAUGGUAGGCACAAAAUGUAUUUCAAAAAUGCCCCUGUUGAUAUUUUGUCUUUGAAAAACUCUUGUAAAUUAAGAUCUCUAUAUUUCAAUAAAUGAUAUAUAAUUUAAGGAUA